AUGGUCGAAGAGUUACAAGGAAUUGAAAGAAACAACACAUGGGAGUUAGUCGAAUUUCCAGCACAUACAAAAGCUAUCAAAGUGAAGUAUGUGUUCAAGUUGAAGCGCAAUGUCGGUGGGUCGAUAGCAAGACACAAUGAGAGAUUGGUAGCUCGAGUAAGUGGAAGUAGCUUGGAGAUCUUAUCGAAGUUUAAAGAGCUGAUGAAAAAGGAAUUUGAAAUGUCAGAUUUGAGAAUUUUGUCUUAUUUCCUAGGCAUGGAAUUUCAAAUAUCGAAGCAAGGUAUGAUGCUAUGUCAAAGAAAGUAUGUUAAAGAGAUAAUCAAGAGAUUCCAUAUGGAUGAUUUGACUCCUACAUCUUCACCGGUUGAACAAAACUUGAAGUUGGAGAAGCAUGGGGAGGAAGACAAAGUCGAUGCAACUUUGUUCAAACAAAUUGUCGGAUCUCUGAGAUAUGUGUGCAACAAUAGACCUGAUAUAGGUUUCUCAGUCGGAUAA